AGACACCAGCAAUCAGCAUGAAGGUCCUCGCAGCUGUCCUGGCUCUGGCGGGCGUCGCCGCCGCCAACUCCGCCUUCCGCUUCUCCGACGGCUACCUCGACGUCCUCGGCGCAGAGCCCGUUCAGGCCUUCGACUGUGCCGGUCGAAGCUACGGCUAUUACGCCGACGUCAGCAGCGACUGCCGAGUGUUCCACGUGUGCCUGCCCGUGGCUGACGACCUGGGCGAGCUCCUCGAGACCGCCCACUUCUCCUUCUUCUGCGGCAACCAGACCGUGUUCAGCCAGGAGUCGCUCACCUGCGCCCACCCCGAGGAGGCCUUCCCUGCGACCAGGCCGAGACCCUCUUCGACUUCCGUCAACGCCCUCUUCGGAUAUUCAGUGAUGAACGUCGAGCUGGAAAGGAAAGUAUAUAAGGGGCGCGAGCGCUUCGUGGGCAUCAUUCUCUCGCCAGACACCGACACCGAACAGCCAGUAAGUGCGAGGAACAAGGUCAUUGUCGCCUCGGCAUAG